AUGCGCUUCAUUUCUGCAACCGGUGCACUAGCCGCUGCUUGUCUGGUGAGCCAGACUUUCGCUGCGCCAUUCACCAAACCAGAACCCUUCACCGACGCGGAAGGUGUUGAGGCUCGCUUCACCAAGCCUGAGCCCUUCACCGACGCGGAGGGUGUUGAAGCUCGCUUCACCAAGCCCGAGCCGUUCACCAACACAGACGGGCUGAAGGCUCGCUUCACCAAGCCCGAGCCCUUUACCGAGGCAACCGAUUAA